AUGCUCGCCUACACCGCAGCAUCCGGUCAAAAAGCCGAGUUCUGUCUCAACGCCCUUUCGGCUCAGAAAGUCGAUGAACGACGACAAAUCGCGCAUCUCAACGAUGAACUCGUUAACAUUGUUGAACAUGUAAGUUUCCCUGAAUAAAAAAACUCUAAUCUCUUCAUUUUUGUUGUCAUUUAUUUUAUCACUGAAUAAAAUAAACUGGCUAUAAUCAAAAACUUUGAAUUGUUCAAGAAAUUGAAUUUAUCUUUGAUGCUGGGUUCUGUUUGAAACAGAAAAACCAUCAAAAAUCUGGUUAGUUUUGAUGUAAAUGAUUUUCGAAUUCCCAAAAGGAAAAUUUUAGAAUAGCCUGAUACAAGUUCAAAGCAGUAUCAAAAGUUUUAAAAGGAAGGAUUGGAAGAAAAAUGACUAAAUUCUUUUAAUAGUUCGAAGAAAAAAGUAAAGAGGUUUUUUUUAACAAUUUUGUUCCAGCUGCACUUCAUGAAAUCAGAAUCAGCGUUUCUUCAACGUGAAAUCGAAAUUCUGAGCGGAGGACUUGGGAACGCCAACUCGCAAGUCGCAGGCAUCUACGAAUCCGAAAUCCUUGUUAGUUCUUUCAUUAUUUUUCCUUACUUUUUUUCCAGUCUUUUUCCAAAAAGAUUCAAUUUUUUUCGAAACUCUUAAAUCAAAAUACAUCGAAUUUAUACGUGGAACGCGCCGUUUCAUUCAAAGCCUGCCUAUUUCUAAUGUUUUCGCUGUUCUUAUCAGUUUCUUUGCACCUUAUCGGGCCUCUCGACUCGUCAUUGAUGACCAUGCGCGAACCAUAAGAGCAUGAUAUUCAAAAGAAUUCCAUUCGUAUAUUAUUUUAUAGCAAAACGGGUGGCAAUGUUAUUUCAAGAGAUAAAGGAGAAUGAAUGUCUUUUGAGAGGCACGAAAAAAACGAUUUUUCCGGGAAUAAUCAACUCAUCCGAUUUGAUUUCUACAUUAUCCUUUAAAAUAAUUUGAAAAUUUUUGAUUAAGCUUUUUUUCAAAGAAGUUCUCUCGAAAGAUCUUAAAAAAACGUGAAAACCCAAUAUUAUACUUUCGAAACAUUUUUUCAGAGAUCGAGGCGAUUUUGAGCUUGUUAAAAUUUUUUAAAAAAACUCUUCACCUCGAUUUUUUUCUUAUCGUAAAAAGAAUUCACGAUUUUUCUGGAAAAAAACAAUGACAAUAUUUUUAUGGCAACGUAGGUUUACCGUUUCUCACUUUUUCUUGAUUCAGGUUCAAAUCGAAUCUCAAAUUUUUGUUUUUCUUACAAUAAAACGUGGAUUGAAGCGAAUAAUAAAAACAUACUAAGAAAGCAAACCAAUGGCGUUGUGUUUUUAUGAAACUAAACAAGUACUUAUCUUUUAAGAGCCUGAAAACAUCUGCUGAAGAGACCAUCAACAUCAGAAGAGGCUUUGAAAAUGAAGCCGCCGCUUUUUCUGUUCAAGUCAACGAGUUGCGAGAGAAAUGGCUACAAUCAAGGAAUCAACAGAGAGGCGUUCCUCCUGAUGUCGAGGCCGAGAUGGUCCAGCUCACCAACCUUGAAGCUGAGGUUCGAAGAGGAUAACUCUGUUUUUUUUUUUCUGAAAGGAAACUUUUAGACAGCUCUGAACCACCGGAAGUUCAAGUACAUGGAGGAAAAGUGUAGGCAAGUGGAUCGCGAUAACAAUCGCAUCAGGGAAGAGAUCAAUCUUGUCAAAAUGGUGAGAAAACAGAAUAUGACUCAGAGUUGAUAAGAUAGUGCGGGUUUCCUAAAAAAGUUCAGUUUUUCUCUACUGAUCAAAUGAAAUUUUCGGCAAGACAGCUACAGAAAGGGGAAAGUCGAUUUAGGUCGGACGCAGAAAAAAGUUUGAAACUUCUUUAAAAUUCUUUAGAACGUUGCGUAAUCUUGAUGUUAUAAUUUAUUUCGAGAGGAAAAAUCAAGUUUCAACAAUUCAAAAUUGUGUGACCACCAGAAAUUUCGAAGAUUUUUUUUUACGAUGGUAGUUUUAAUAUAAAACCUGAAUUUCAGAGAAGAGAUCAAGAGCUGGUACUCCGGCAGGAGUACCAAUCCCAUGAGCAAGACCUGUUGAACAGUCUUCGGAACUUGAUGGAAUCUAACAAAUUUGUGAGAGUCCCACCAGUUUUCGAGGAAAAUCGUGUUUUUUCCAGAGACUGUCCGAAGAAGCCAAGUUCAUCGCUCACGACCGCACCUACGAGCGUCAAACUCAUUUCCACUCUGAGAUCCGUCGGGAAAUCGAUGAAAUCCGUCGGGACACUGAGGCGGUAAAUAUUUAAGUUAUCUUUGAAAUGGGACAAAAAAGACUGAAAAUGCAAGUCAUGUUAUUUAUUAAUUUUGAGAUCAAAUGUGAGUCACCUUUUUUCACGUUUAUCUUGUUUUUUGAUAGCUUUUCAAUGACUUUUGAUUCUUUUGAAAAAACCUAGCGGAGCGAAUAGAAAGAUGAGAAUUAUGAAAACUAAUAUUUUUUCCACCCUUUUCCCAUGACCUCGACCUCCCUGGCCAAAAGCCGCGUUACGUACGCAACGCUUCACUCAUGUCAAACUACCCAUCUCAUUUUUCAAGACGGGUAGGAUUGACUAUAACAAAACUCUUCAACUGCACAAACUCUAAUUUUUCAAAAAAUAAAGUCUCGAAACUGCCCUAUUCAAUUAUUCAUUCGGCUUGUUGGUUUUUGAAGGGGUUUUCUCAAAAUUAUAAAAUUUGCAAGUGAAACCUCAGAAUCUUUUGGUACAUCGAGGAGCGUUUAAACCGUUUUUUUUUUCGCAGUUUCAUAAAAAAAAAUAAUUUCUUUUGCAACAGAAAAUCUUCACAAAAAAGUUCCACAAGAUCAAAAAGUACACACCAACACCCAAGAUUUUUUUGAUAUUUUCCAGAGAGCGGCUGAAUUCCAACGCAGAUUGGAGCACACCUACCAUGAACGCAUCGAAAGAAUCCGUCUCGAAAGUGCGGCGCCUUUAGUUGUCGCUCAACGAGCUGAUGAGAUGGUUUACAUCCGUUCAGAAGCUGUCGAGAUGAAACGAAGACUCGCUGAACUCGAUGCAAAGGUUAUCAAACAGGGGUUUAUGACUUUAUGAAACAUAUUUUUUCAGAACGCGACCUUGGUCCAGGAAAUUGAGCACUACAAGAACAUGAGCGCCUUGGAGCAUGCUGAAUAUGAGGCCGUCCUGGCCGAGAAAGACGAGCAGAUCGCUAAGAUCAGAGCCGAGUGCGUCGAGCUCACCGUUGCGAUGGAGCAGCUUUGCGAUCGUAGCAUUGUUCGUUUUUUUGUUUUGCCUCUUUCCAUUUUUUUUUUACAUAAGACUCGUCAGCAAAGCACCAUUUUUCUGAUUUAAAUGCUUCUUGUAGGCAAAAAACUGUACUUUCUUAAGAAGAAAUCCAUCUCAUUUUUUAAAUUAUUUUUCUUCGAAAGUGAAGCUUGUAUCUCUUUACAUUUUCCCCUCUUUCCAAAAUCUUAACCUGACACAAGUAAAACUUGCCGUAAAAGUUUCUCCUUUGAUCGUUUUUCCCGUUACGAAGUUUGAUACAUAUGCUAUUUUUUCAGAACCUUCAAGCCGAAAUCGAUCACUACCGUCGACUUCUCGAAGGAGCACAUUUGGUUGGCGACCACAGGACCAGUUUCAGUCAAUCUUCGAUUUCGCGUACUGUAGCUUCCGAGUAUCGAGCAGCUCCCCCUCCUCCUCCAGUUCCAGCUCCUGCUCCUGUCUACAUUCCCAGACCUAUUUCACCUCUCCCUCCACCUGCUCCAACUCAUGCUCCAGUCUACAAUCCUCCUGUUCUUUCUCCUCUUCCACCGAGAAGCCCAGUACCAAUUGUCCCACUCUACCAAUCUAAGCCCUACGCCGACUCCCUGAGCUCUACUCAAAUUUGGGAGACCAACAGAACUUCUUCGUAUAAUGCUUCGACGACCGAAGCUGGAUCUACAACCGAAGAAGGGACGGUCGUUUCGGUGCACAGAGGAACUUUUGGUCAGUUUUUCACGGUUUUCGCGUUCAAAAAGGGAGAGUCUACAGUACUCAUUAUUUUUUGAAAUCUCAGAAACGUCCUGUGGAUUCAAAUUUCCGCUCAUAACAGAUCGAAAACCUCGCUUAUCAUUUUCAAAAAAAAAGAUAUCAACCUUUGCAACCUACACGGCGCAUUCUUUUCCCAUCAAAAUCGCAAAGUUUUAAUGCUAUUGUUCCUGAGAAAGCGUAGGGUUUAAAUGGCACUAACACUUGCGGCAUGCCAUUGAGCUGUCAAGAUAAGAUACGAUUACGCCGAAAACUUAAAAGAUGCGAGGACGUUUUUAUCUCUUUUGGAUGAUAUGGGUUUUAGAAGGAAUUAAAAUACUAUGGGGGAUGAGGAGAAAAGUUUUCGCAUAGAAGAAUUAUUACUUUUUCAGUUGAUUCGUCAGCGAACAAAAGCCAAGACGAAGAGAAAAUUCAAAAGUGCACACGAUGGUUCAAGGGACGAGUGAGGAUCACGGUGAGCUAUUUGAAUGGAAAAACAUGGAUAGAUGAAUUUUUCAGUUUAUAGGAAAGUACAAAAAAACGGAAAACAUGAUUUUUCGUUUAAAAACAUUUUUUUCUCUUUUUAUGUUCUAUGAAAAAUAUUUUUGAAGAGAAACUGAAAAAAACUGAAAGAAGGUCCAGAUUUUGGUUCUGCAUUUAGCUUUCAUAACUGCGAGAAAUGAAAAAUGAUUAUAAUCGAUUUUUGGGACGCAAAACUCUUGUAUGACUUGAAAUGACACUAAAAGAGGCUUUUCACUUCAAAGUCUUGCAUAUUUUUAAUAUUUCUUUGAAGUCCUCAGCCAGGAGAAUUGAGCUUGACCAACCUCUAACCUCACUUUUUACUACAAGAGCCUGGGAGCGAAAAUAAAUUUCAAUGUGUUCUUCUUUUUUUGAAGGAUAUCCAUUCAUUCUGGGAGAAUAUUCUUUAUUUUUUUAUCCAGGACAUCACUCCACAGUACAUCCGCCUGGAGAACCGCAGCACAAGUAGCCGAAUCGACGUCGGCGAUUACAGGGUUCACUUUCUAACAUGAUUCAUAUCACUGUAUCAACAUUUUCAGAUAACGCACCAGUUCAAUGGAACCGAAUCUUCCACCACUGUUCCCUACGGCACAAUUUUGGAACCCAAACAGACACUCCAUGUUAGAAAAAAUUCGAAAAAUCGCAAAAAUUAUGAAAUUCGCAGAUUUACGCUGAAAAUUCCAACCGAGAACAUUCCAAUCUUGUCAUCCCUGUCACGACUUUCGAUACUUCCAUUUCGGCUAGAACGAUUGUGUUUGACGCCAGAGGACAGGUUGGUAUUUUGUUGAGAAUUGAACAGACCUAGAAGUUUUGAUUCACUAGCGCAAUUUCAAUCUGACUUUUUUCUCAAAAUUUUUGUCAAUUCAGUGAUAAAAAAUGAAAAUGACAGUUUGAACCCUGAUAACUUUUUUUCUGAGAUGAUUCAUAAUUUUUUUAUUUGAAAAACAUACCUGUUUGAAGAAGGAACUUUUUCUCUUUCUAGUUUUGAGAGAUCAAUCAAAAGUUUCCCUGUUUACAGGAGCGAGCCUGGUUCAUCUACACAUCGAACUAA